AUGUCCUUCCUGGCAAACGCAAGCACCCUCCCGCCGCCACUACCCGAAUCCGAGUGGAUCGGGAAAAGCGAGCUGAACUACACGGCGCUCCACCAGAAGCUCGCCGAACCGCUCGGGUGUCUCAAAAUCCCCAUGGGCGUGCUCGGCUUUUACGUCUACCUCGCACUACACGUCGUCAGCAUCAACAGCAUCUACCAAGCAGUCCGCGCUCACAAAAAGCUGGAGAAGACCAGCCAUCCCGAAGGAUCUCAAGUAGGCUUCAUCGGCAGUUGCUUGACCUUCGCGUUCUCGCUCCUGAUCCUGAUCGAUUCAUGCAGCACGGCGCAUGCCUGCUCGCUGAAGUACGGAAACCUUGGUAUCUCGAACCUCAUGGGCAUCAUCUGGUCGUCGCUCACCCAAGUGGCCUCGCUGUUCGGCUUGCUGGGCUCCGUGCCCUGCUUCUCAACCGAUGUGCGCAUCGGGCUGUGGACCUUCGCAAUCCUCGCAUACGGCUGCUCGUGGUUCGUGAAUCUCGCUCCAGGCUUCAUCAUGAGCGCCGGCAUCUUCCAAGAGGGCGGCGUCGUCCGAGCACAUAACGUUAACUUCUUCCGAUGGCUUGACGCCGUCAAGCUGAACGCUACAUUGGUCAGUGAGAUCCCUGCGAUGCUUCUGGCUGCAGCAGUGGUAGUAUGGGGCGUCUUGUACUACGCGCAUACAGCAAACGGGGCCACGAAAACAGCAAAGCGCAUCGCGAAGUACACUCUUGCAUGCGCUGUUUAUGUUUUUAUUUUGUUCUGGACGGGUGCGGCGUACGUCUCUCUGGGCCAGAUAUUCGGUUCCCCGUGGGGCACCUGGUGGGUUGUGCAGAAGAUGGGCAAGUUGUACGCGGCGUGGAUUGCUGUUUUUUCUUUCUUCCUUACGAUGCUGAGUUUGGGAGGUCUGGGUGGGUAG